UUCUCUUGACACAGACCGAAAAUAAAGCUUCUCCGAACCCUCCCGAUUAUAUACGAAGAUUUUCGUAUCCGAAUGGUGGAUUCACGACUCACCAAAUCGAGUCAGCCGCAUAAAUAUGAUAGAAACAAAUGAAACUGCCGGUGGCUUUUUCCCUUCAAAAUAUUUAUCAGCUGGUUUAAUAUCCACUUCCAGAAAAUGGCAAUAUCAUGGCUUGUCAAAGUUUUAUUGGUGUCGUUGACGACGAAAGGAUAUUUUCCGAAGGGUCGAGGUCAAUUCAACUCUGAACAUCUGACGGAAAAUGAAAAGUUGAAUCGUGAAGCAAUUACAAAAAUACAUGUCCACCUAGAUGAUGACAGGAAUGGGAAAGUUGACUUGAGUGAAUCAAAUGAGUUUAUGCGUGAUGAACUUCAAGUGACUGAUGAAGAACGGCACUCCCACUUCCAUGGAAAUGAUGAUCUCAUCUCUGUGGAUGAACUCUGGCAGAGUUGGGCGCAAAGUGCAGUUCACAACUGGACUAACGAAGAAGUCAUUGAAUGGCUCAAAAACUCUGUCCAUCUUCCACAAUAUGCUGAUGUUUUUGUGACUGCAGCUAUCAAUGGAUCAGAUGUACCACGGCUGGCUACAGAGGAGAAUGGUCUGCUCCAAAAUGAACUGGGAAUAAAAGAUCCGAAACAUCGCAAGAAAAUUGGCUUACGAGCUAUGGAUAUUGUUCUUUUUGGACCUCCACUUGUCUUAGGACAUAACCUACUGAAGGAUGUUGUUGUAGCAUUCUCUGUGCUGGUUGCAACUUUUGGUUGCUGGAUAGCCAUUUUACAGAAACGCAAAGCAAAAGAACAAAUGGAACGUAUGAUCAAAGACAUGAAGAUACUCCAGCAAGCUGAGGAUGGUCUCCAGGAAUUACAAACUAGAUUGGCCAAAGCAGAGGAAGAUCAUCAUUUAGCCAUUACAGAGAAACUUGAUUUAGAGGCAAGGCUAAAUGAAGAGCUGGAAAUGUCAAAGAAUGAAGCUCAACUUAUGGCUGAAACUCGUACAGGGACAGAGGAACAAAUGCAGAAACUGAAGCUUGCAGAAGAAGAGCUGGUGCAGGUUCGCCGUGCUUUGAGGAAAGCUGAGAAAGAACUGGAGUAUCAGUCAUGGAAGGCACCAGCUGUUCUGAAACAAUGGCUACAGAUGACUUUUGACAAGGAAACUAAACACUUCCAGCAGAAAAGAACUGUUGCUCUUAAACAAAUGAAGGAAGCAAAAGAGGCGUGUGAGAGAAUAAAGAAGAAACGUAGUAGCUUGAUGGGAUCCCUGCGUCUAGCCCAUGACCUAACCAUUGAUGAGGUUGAUCAAAAGAUUCUUGGUGCUAGAUCAGCACUUGCAGAAGUUACAAAUGAGCUUGAGGAGAGGCAGCACAGAUGGUCACAAAUAGAAUCACUGUGUGGAUUUCAGAUCAUGUCACAGACAUCCUUUGGUAUAGGGAAAGGAAGUGGCAGUCAAACCAACUCAGGUUCAGCCAUAGCAGAAGCUCUUGUUAAUGUGGCCAAUGUGGCAGGGGUCAGCUCUGGUAGAAAGAUCUCCUCUAGUGCUAGUCCUUGGAAAGCACCGUCUGUUCCUGAGACAGGAGUUAGCAAAGAAGAUCUCCCACCAACAUACUCUGCUGUGACAGCUAAUGUUGGCAUGCAUGAUCUGCAGAAAGAAUCCUCUUAUGAUAAAGCCAACUUGACUGGCCAAGAAAGUGAUUCUGGAGGUAAUAGAAAAGAUUUAACAAGGCAUGCUGAAAAGGAUGUUGUGCAAAUGAGAGAAAAGGCAACUUUUGAUACAAGUAAAAGCCAACCAAGUCUUCAUCUUGGAGCACAAGCCUUGAUAAAUGGUGUAACAGAAUCUGAAGUUUCAGCCAAGUCUUUGGAACAGUUGUCAGCAUCUUGUGAGAAAUUAGAGCAAGAUGAACCAGUUUUGACUGGCUUGCCUGACUCACCAACUGGAAAAUCCAAAAAGAGACUGAGCUGGUUUGGAAAGAGGCAAGACUCCACUACUGAAAGUGAAUCAUCAGUAGCUGAAAAUGAUGACGAAACAAAGAGAAAAGUAAGGUGGCUGUGGAGAUCAGCAGUUCGGAAGUCCAAGUCACAGAGAAACCCAACAAGCAAAUCAGAUGAUAGUGCAACUAUGGCUACGUCAGUGGAAAAGUUAAAAUCAGGGUGAAACAUGACAGGUCUCCCUCAUCUGGUCAGGUACCUGGUAUGUUCUGGCAAGCUCUAGUUUGGCAGUGAUCAGUUCCAAACACAGUUUAGUUUAUUUGAAACAACUGUGUUUUGUCUGUAAUCCAUGACAGAACAGGAGUGUUACAGCUGCUCCUUUCCAGCUUUGUUAUGAGCUAUUAGCUUUGGCAUUGUGGUUGUGGUAAUAUGAGAUAGAAGUGAUGUAGCAUUCAAGAAAAAAAAAUGCAGAGGAAAGAAACUGGUUUCUUGAGUUCAGUGGCAUUAUUUUUUUUUUCCCUUUUCAGGGAAGAGGCUUAUUAUACCUAGCAUGUGUAAAGGUUAAAAAAUCAAAUUUUUAGAUUGGUGUGGUGUCUAUAAUAACAUUUGUAUAAUAAUGUUUGGAGAAUAAGACAUCAAAUUUAUUAGAAAGGAUAAUAGCUGCAAAUUACAGGCAGUCAAUUUGAUUUUUACGUUGUACAAAUUUGUACAUGAACAAAAAGGCAUUUUAGUUGAAAGAAAAAGAGAUUCGUUGCAUAGUUUUGGUCCAUGUAUUUCCUUUGGUCAAAUAACUUUUACUCUGGCUAACUGGGGACAAGGUUUAAAUAUUUUGUUGGUUCACAAUCUUGAACAUGUUACAAUAUGUUGGAUAUGGUUUUUUUCAUUGGAUAAAAUUUUCAACAAAAUGAUUUAUGAUGUUUGGUAUCUCAUGUUCAGAAUCAAACCACAAACAAAUCAAAUUUUUUAACCAUAGUAGAUAAUUAAAAGAUAGAGUCUAUGAAUGAAAAUUUGCUCUAGAGGAAAUUGCUUUUCACUGAAGUUGGUUGCUAAAUGAUUCUCAUCAAAAACUUUUUCCUUUGUUCCAUUGUAAGACUGACUGACAGAAAACUUGGCAGAUUGAUAGACAGACAAUCACAUUGGUGACUGACUGACUGAUCAACCAAUAGGCAGAUAAACUGGCUGACUCACACACUGAUUGUGUGACUCACAAAUGUAUUAACUGAAUGGUCAACUGACUGACUGGUUGGUCUUUAGAGGACUGACUGAAAGACCAUCAUUUUCAUUUCCUUCAGAUGUUGCUCUACUUAUUACAUUGGAGAGAUUGAAGAUCAUAGUUUUUAAUCCAGUUAUGAAAUCCAUAACCAAUGAGUGCAGUUGAUUUUGAAAUUGUUGAUCACAUCUUAAAAGAAGCAAACUAUUGUUUGGUUUUCUGAACAUAAUUUCAUUUCAAAGUCAAGUGUUUUUUGAGGUUUUUCUUUUUACCUUACUUAACAGAAAUUCCCCUUGACAUUGAGGCAGUGAAAGGAAUAUCUGCAAUGAGUAAAUAAACUGAAAUAGUAUUAGCAGGUAGAAAUUACAACCACUGAAUCAGCAAAUGUGCUGUUCUUAUCUCUGAACCAGAAUUAGGAAAUCUCUAUAUCGCGGAGUAUCAACAUAGGCCCCUUUGGCUGAAAACUUCUUCUUUUUUUUUUAAUCCAAAAAAAUUACAUUGUAGUUGUUAUGCAAAGACAUAACCCUCUCCUCAUUGUGCUGAGUCAGUGUUUGUUGAAUAUAAUUAAUACGUCAUAAUGGUGCUUUUAGUCAUUUCAUAGUUUAUGGUGGAGUGAUGCAUGUAGUGUAUUUUUUCAUGGAAGGGGUUAGUCUUUGUUAGAUCUUUUGGUAGUCAAAUCUACCACUGACUAUGUGCUGGCUUUCUACUUCUGACCGAGUAGCCUGAAAAGUUCGCAUUGUGAAUAGUUCUCAAAAAGAUCUUGCAUUAUAAGAUGUUGUGACAUUUAGGUUAUUCAAAUAAAAAUGAUGCAUCAGUGGAAGAGCAUUAAAAGGCAAGUUAGUAUUAUUGACUGAGUUGAUAAUGUAAAUUGGCAACCAUAAAGAGUUUCAAAGCUGACAUUUCAAUUGAAAACCCUUCAUCAGGGCGAAUUUUCUUUGACAAAGGGCUAAUGCUUGAAACAAUAGCUUUGAAACCCUUUACCGUGGCCAAUUAACAUUAUCAACCCAGUUGUUAAUACCAAAUUACAGAGUAGAAUUGGCCUUGACAAAUUAAGGAAAACAUGCUGUUUAGGAUACUCUGUUUAUUUAUAGACCAUAUUUCAUUGUAUUGAACAUAUAACUUUCUUAGUUUGCAUGUUUUUUAAAUUUGUCAGCAGUUAGUUCUACCCCAUUCAGCUCCUUUGCCACAUUUAAUUCUUGGAUAGCUUUCAGUUGAUAUCUAAUUACUAGUGAGGUUUAACAUAAGUUUUGUGAAUUAUUGUACACGAGUUGUGGCAUCACAGCAAGUGACAAUCUUAAAUAUGGAAGUGAGUAGCACUUUGAUUGGUAUCUUUCCAGUUUAUUCUUUCUCUUAACCCUUUAACUCCCAAGAUCUCAUUAGUAAUUCUCCUUACUGUCUGCCAUAUAGUUCUUGUGAUGUUAGUUUGGAGAAUUUGGUAUUGGAUCAACUAAUAACCCCCUAGUUAAGAUUUUUCUUUAUUCUCAUCACUUGUCUGCCCAAUAUUAUAUUGAUAUUGUAAGGAGAAAUUCUGACUUGGUCACUCAUGGGAAUUUAAGGGUUAAUUUUGGGCAUGCUUGUAUAAGUAUUUUUACUCAUAACACAGGGAAAUCAGAGUUGUAAUUACUUUUUUCAUUUCCCUUUAAUACCAUCAGCACAUUCUACAUUAAAUUGUUAAAAAAGAGGAUUAUUUUGAAGUGAGAUGAAUUUUGAUAAUGACCUUCAAUUAAUUUAUUAGCAAAAUCUAUUUUAUCAAUAAGAAAUAAGAUCAAGUAAUGAAUUGAGGGGGGUAGGGUGGAAGGGGUUUGGUCUUGGGUGAACAGAAGGCAUAACUUGUCAUGUUGCUUUUUCUGUUAUUCAGUUGCUUGAGGUGUAUGUUUUUGGCCUUAUUUUAAAUGAGAACAUUACACAAUCAUCUGUACUGUAAGGUGUGUUGGUUUCAAUAAAGCUGUGGACAUUUUG